AAGGGGUUUUUGGCGGCUUCGCCGGAGGCCGUUGGCCGCGCAUGCGUAGCGAGACACUGCAAGGACCUGAGUUGGUGUAACCAGACCACAACAGUGAGCUUGGAGAACAAGUACAGAGCAGACACUCCGGCAGGAGCCCCACCCUCUUCGGCCAAGAUGCCUUUGGGACUCUCUGCAGGGAGCGCCCGCACCGAGGAUGGAAGCGAGGUCUUCCUGGAAGGAAUGGCGGAUUGGGAGCUGAGCCGACUGCUGCGGCAGUGCAAGGUGAUGGAGGGCGAGCGGCGGGCGUACAGCAAGGAAGUCUACGCGCGCAUCAACAAGCAACUGAAGGAGAUCGAACACCUGGAGGGGGUACGGGAUAACCUUCAGGUCCAGAUCAGCGUGGCCCAGAGACAGGUCAAGCGGCUGCGGGACAACGAGAGGCUGGAGAACAUGGGCCAUCUGCUGAAAUGUCGCGUCCGGGUGCAGGCCGAGGUCAACGAGCUACAGGAGCAGACCAGAGCGCUGGACAAGCAGAUCCAGGAGUGGGAGACCCGGAUCUUCACCCACAGUAAGGCUUUCAGGGCCCCGGGACUCAUCCUGGAUCAGAAGGUCAAGAUCCGGCGAAGGAUCAAGAUCCUAGAAGACCAGUUGGACAGGGUCACCUGUCGCUUUGACAUCCAGCUGGUGCAGAACGCGGCCCUGAGGGAAGAGCUGGAUCUCCUGCGCAUUGAGAGGAACCGCUAUCUGAACGUGGACCAUAACCUGCAGAAGGAAAUCCGGCGCCUGCGACACACAGUAGGCGCCCUCAUGGCCUCGUCUUCGGCCGCCUAUGCCGUCAGGGAGGAGGCAAAGACCAAGCUGGGCAUGCUGCGGGAGAGGGCGGACAAGGAGGUGGCCCAGAACGAGACGGAGGUGCAGGCCCUGCAGCGGCACAUAGCGCACCUCGAACAGCUCCACCGCUUCCUCAAGCUCAAGAACAAUGAGCGGCAGCCAGACCCCGCAGUCCUGGAGAAGCGCGAGAAGCGGGCACGGGAGGUGGCCGAAGGCCUCCGGAAGACGUCCCAGGAGAAGCUGGUGCUGCGCUGCGAAGAUGCCAUGAACAAGCUGUUCCAGCUGACGGGGGAGAGCGACCCGGACCUGCUGGUGGAGAAGUACCUGGAGACCGAGGAGCGCAACUUCGCCGAGUUCACCUUCAUCAACGAGCAGAACUCGGAACUGGAGCACCUGCAGGAGGAGAUCAAGCAGCUGCGGGAGACCUUGGCGGACACCCGCACCAGGGAGGAAAACCUUCGCGAGCAGCGAGAGCAGCAGCGCAGCGCCCUGCAGCAGCAAACGGAGGAGGUGCGCGCGGAGGCCGACGAGGUGGAGGCCCGCUUCCGGGACCUGCGGGAGCAGCUGGAGAAGCUCAAGGCGGACAUCCAGCAGCUCUUCACCAGGGCCCAGUGUGACAACACCCUCAUCAAGGACCUCCUGGGGGUCAAGACCCACAUGCGAGACCGCGACAUCGGCCUCUUCCUGGGCCUCAUCGAGAAGCGGCUGGUGGAGCUCCUGACGGUGCAGGCCUACGCAGAGGUGCGGCUGGAGGUGCGGCUGGAGACCCUCACCCCGUCUAGCUCGGCUAACGCUGCCCUCCUGGUUCUGGGCCAGGGCCCUGAGGAUGCUCCAAAGAAAGGGGCCCCGCCGCCGCCGCUUCCGCCGCAGCUCCCUGACAGUCAGGACGACCCCCCAGGCUUCGAGCCCAAAGAGGACUAUCCGAUGAGCAAGGAAGAGCUGCGCAGCCACGUGACCAAGCUGCUCGAGGCGCGGGAGCAGCAAGCAAAGGAAUUAGCUGAGGGCAUGAGGAAGGUGGACAGCGACCCGAGCGUCCCCAGCCUCUCCAUGACCCAGAGGGUGAGCUCAGGCUCCCCCAUGAUGGCCGCCAGGAGCCCCAGCGGGGUCCCCGGCUCCAUCCUGAGCCAGAGGACUAGUGGCAUCCUGGCGUCCAGCGGAGGCCGCGCCGCUGCCUCCAGCAUGGGCCGCGUCACCUUUGAUGAGCCCGGCUCCAGCACCGGCCACGUCACCUACGGUUCUGCCAGCGCGGUGGGGGUGCCCGCAUCCAGCCGGGGCUCGACCGGGGGCCGCGUGACCUUCCGAACCCCGAGCUCGAGCAGCUACCUGGGGUCCACUGGAUACGUGAGGUCCAGCGGGGGCCACGACAGCCCCUUGGGUGCAGAGAGCAGAGGCACCGGGUCCGAGUCGAGCGGAGGCCUGGGGUCUAGCAGAGGCCAGGGCUCUAGCCCUGUCCCGACCUCCAGCACCGGCCCGGGCUCCAGCACCAGCAAAGAGUAGGCUCUCCCCACUGCCCCCUGCUCCCGCCCUGGGCUCCCUGCAAGGCUCUGCCCUGAGAUUCCCUGUAGCUCUCCUGGUUCCAGCCCUCUGGGAGUGCGGCUGCACCUGCCCUGCCCCGUGUCCCUACUUCUACCUGCUCCUCCUCGUCUCCUCAGCUCUGUCUCCCGGUCCCUUUCUCUUCCCAACCCCCGUUUCCCUUCCUGUCGUCUCGGCUUCCCAUUCGGUGUGUGUUUGUCUUGUGUUCCAUCUCUGCCCCCAUCUCCGCUGGCUCCUCGCCUCCCGUUUCUGCUUCCCCACUUCUCAUCUUCUAACUCCCUCUCUUGUCGCUGCCUUCCGGGCUCUCCUUGUACCUCAUGUCCCCGUCUCUGUAGCCUCUCGUUCCUCGCCCUCCCUGAGAGCCCCCAGUACUGCCCUCCUCUGCGCCCCCCCCCCCAAUACUGGGCUGCAGGGGAAGACUUGGAGCAAAGAUGUCAGGGUCCGCAUGAGCUCCGCCCCUAGAAAAUAAAGGUCCGAGCCUGACUUUCAGCCCAGCCCGGUUACACGUGUAUAUGUGGGGGGACAAGCUUGACACAUGGCUGCUGCCUUUACCUCCGGCCCGGGGGGGAUGUAUGACUUUGUCCCUAUUCCUUGCAAUUC